AUGACUUCUGUCCCCACAGCCAUCUGGAACGUGAGCACGAGCAGCAGGUGGAACAUGAGCCUUGCUGCAGCAGGCGAUCCCUGGGGACAGGCACUGGAAGUGCCAGCUGGAAACACUUCUCCCCCUGUAGCAUCCUCAGCAGCCAACUUCUCCAACCAGUUUGUGCAACCCUCUUGGCGUAUUGCCCUGUGGUCUCUGGCUUAUGGUGGUGUGGUGGCAGUGGCUGUUUUUGGAAAUCUCAUUGUCAUCUGGAUUAUCCUGGCUCACAAGCGCAUGAGGACGGUGACCAAUUACUUCCUGGUGAACCUGGCCUUCUCCGAUGCCUCCAUGGCUGCUUUCAAUACUCUCAUCAACUUCAUCUAUGCGCUGCACAGUGAGUGGUACUUUGGAGAGGCUUACUGCCGCUUCCACAACUUCUUCCCAAUUACAGCUGUCUUCGCCAGCAUCUACUCCAUGACAGCGAUAGCUGUGGACAGAUACAUGGCCAUUAUUGAUCCCUUGAAACCUAGGCUCUCUGCAGCUGCUACCAAGGUGGUCAUUGGGAGCAUAUGGAUUUUGGCUUUCCUGUUGGCCUUUCCCCAGUGCCUAUACUCCAUAACCAAGGUGAUGCCUGGGAGAACUCUUUGCUAUGUAGCAUGGCCAGGUGGUCCAAAACAGCAUUUUACGUACCAUGUCAUUGUGAUUGUGCUGGUCUACUGCUUUCCACUGCUUGUCAUGGGCAUCACUUAUUCCAUAGUGGGAAUUACCCUCUGGGGAGGAGAAAUACCAGGCGACACAUCCAACAAAUAUCACGAGCAGCUCAAAGCUAAGAGAAAG